AAGAGGGUGAAGCUGCUCUUUUCCCUUCUUUAUCUUUUCAAGAACAUGCUGAAUGACUUGUCCCAAGAAAAAGGUUCUUUGGAACUUUGGCCGUCCUGGGCCCAACAUACCUGACAACACAUGUAAAACCAAAGACAUUUCCUUCUCCCUGGGUGGUAGGAUCCAGAGAAGAACGUGCCUUUGCCCUUAGGGGUCACUUUCCAAGUAUGUAAUAUAUUGUCAGACACAUAGAAUAGAUUUUCCAGACUGUGACCUUAACUCUGUAAAGACUUGUUAGGGGUGAAAAUGGAAUUGGACAACAUGAAACCUUGACUCAUUUGUGACUACCUUUCAGUUAACGUGGAGAGUCUACAUUUUGAGGCUAAUUUUUCCUACAUAAAUUCUCAAUUUGUUGUGACGCUGUAUUUAGUAACCUUACUAUUAUAAUCUACUCCUUCCUGAGGAGAUCAAGUCUCUGACAGAGAGCAUGUAAUGAUUUGGAAAAAGAAAAAAAUUAAUGUGUUAAUUUAAUUGGUAUUGAUUUAAUUCUGAUUGUAGAACUGUGUACUUUUCUCAGUUCCUGACUGAUUGUUUUUUCUUUAUAGCAAAGUAUCCAGAGAUAAAAUCCUUGAUGAAACCUGAUCCCAACUUGAUAUGGAUUGUCAUCAUGAUGGUUCUCACACAGCUGGCCGCAUUUUACUUAGUGAAGGACUUGGACUGGAAAUGGGUCAUAUUUUGGGCAUAUGCCUUUGGCAGCUGCAUUAACCAUUCAAUGACUCUGGCCAUUCACGAAGUUUCCCACAAUAGCGCUUUUGGCCACUACAAAGCCAUGUGGAACCGCUGGUUUGGAAUCUUCGCUAACCUUCCCAUUGGCGUUCCCUAUUCCAUUUCCUUCAAGAGGUACCACAUGGAUCAUCAUCGCUACCUCGGAGGCGAUGGCAUCGAUGUGGACAUCCCAACCGAUUUCGAAGGCUGGUUCUUCUGUACCACUUUCAGGAAGUUCAUAUGGGUUAUUCUGCAGCCUCUCUUUUACGCUUUUCGACCUCUGUUCAUCAACCCCAAGCCGAUCACUUACCUGGAAGUGAUCAAUACUGUGGUCCAGCUCACGUUUGACGUGAUCAUUUACUACGUUUUGGGAAUUAAAUCUUUAGUCUACAUGCUGGCAGCAUCCUUACUUGGUCUGGGUUUGCAUCCGAUUUCUGGACAUUUUAUAGCUGAACAUUACAUGUUCCUAAAGGGACAUGAAACUUACUCGUAUUAUGGGCCUCUGAAUUUACUUACCUUCAAUGUGGGUUACCAUAAUGAGCACCACGACUUCCCCAACAUUCCCGGAAAAAACCUUCCACUGGUGAGGAAGAUAGCCGCCGAGUAUUACGACAACCUGCCCCACUAUGAUUCCUGGAUCAAAGUCCUGUAUGAUUUUGUGAUGGAUGAUACAAUCAGUCCCUACUCGAGAAUGAAGAGGCAUCAGAAAGGCAAGGUGGAGCUGGAGUGAACAUGUCAGAGCCAAAGGAAUUCCUCUCUGAAACCCCUCAGCAGCCUCUCAGGUGGAAAUUUUCGCUGUUCACCUAAGACCAACGUUGCUUAGAAGCUGCCCUCAUACAAUUUCAAAGUAUGGUCUCCCCGAGGUAUCAAGAAGCUACUCUGGUUCUCCGCAGUCAGCCUGUCUACGCAGUGUUCGGCUUUCCUCGCAGGAGGCGUGUUCGUGUAUUGUUGUCGAGGAUGAUGUAUCUAACAUUUUGUAAGCAGAUCAUCAAAAGAGCUUUGAAAAAGCUACGUCUCGUAUAUUAUUUUCACUAUAAAGUUUUACUUUAUUAAAAAGCUGAUAACCUGAGCAGUUAGUCGCAAUAAAUAGUAUUUAUCACAUUUUUGUACUUCACUGUCUUUAUAUUAAUAUGCUAAUCAGGGUGCUGGGUGAGCUUACUUUAAAAUUUCACCAGAAAAAUUAAAAAAUCCUGGAAAUAUCUUGCACUGUGAGCUGAAUUACUCGUUUUUAAUUUCCGCUGUUGUAGCUGGGACCUGAAUUAGACACUGCUGAAUCCUGCAGCCUUGUCAAUAAACUACUUAAUGAAUCUAA